AUGCUGUCGACGGCGCAUCGACACAUGGAAAGCACGCCGGAGAAGGCUGUCAACAUUCUCAGCGGCUUCAAAUUGUCAGUUUCCCGAAAAAUGAACUGAUUUCCAUCCAGUUUACUAUCUUUCUUUAUCUAGAGUAACCCUUACUAAAGCGCAAUUUUUAGGAACUGGAUGAACCUCCGUGACGCAGAAACCGGCAAAAUUAUGUGGCAAAGCGCCGAAGACAUGGCUGACCCCAGUCUCGAACACGAAGGUCCAAUCAAAUAAAAAAAGUUAUAUUAAUCUAAUUUUUUUCGUGUGUCCUUGAUUUUUUUCGGAAGGUUUCUCUCAAAGUUCUCAGAAUUUUGUUCUUUUUUGUAUCGUUAAACUUCAUACUUACAAAAGUUUAAAACAUGAACUUCAAUUGAAUUGUUGAAAAAAGAGGAAUUGAACUACUCUUUAGGACUUUAAAAGUAAAAAAUGUCUCGGAUAGGUAUACCAUUCACCACGAUUUUGUAAGAUUGGGGCGGUAACUGAAUCGUCACGGACAGGAAUUGAACUCGCGCCGCGCGCAUGAGAAUUGCGCCUCCUGCCGCUGAGCCAUUCCCGCAGAUCCUUGCCGCACUGCCGUUUGUCUCCCACAACCCUGCAAUUUUGCAGCGCACGUGCCUAAGAGUAUACUCAAGUGCCGGACCGUAUCGAGAGAAAUCAAUUUCACAUCGGCUCACAAGAUUGAAAAGUUUCGCUUGGAGCAGCGUGUCUUACUUAAGGGCAAUAAUUUAGAAGGUGAGCGGAAUAUUCAAAGAAAAAUUAUAAACCACUGAGUAUGAUUACUUGCACGAAAUAAUCGAUGUGCUUUCCAUGUACAGUAGAAGGAUGAAAUCUCAGUGAAACUUUUACAGUAUCCUUUGAACAUGUUUUGUUUCAAAUCUAGUCAAUUAGAUGAGCCAAACGCAUUGAAUUUCUAAAGUCUUCGCGAAGACUCGCGUUGCGUGAUAUAAUUUAUUAUUUGAGCGAUAUUUCUGUCCGUGGCUCAUAAAAUAUGAAAAAUGUUGAUUUGCAGAGUGGUUCUUCGACUUUGGCUUCGUCAUCCCCGACUCGACCAACACUUGGCAGAAUGUGAUAGAAGCGGCACCCGAAAGUCAGAUGCUUCCGGCCUCGCUGCUCAGGUUUUUUUUCAGGCUACAUAACGAAAAAUGACGUGGAUUUGUUUUUAUGACGCUUCAUUCACGCUCACUGAGUAGCAAAAUUGCAACAAAAGUUCCAUAAAAUAUAAAUUAUUUUGCUUAAUUUUUAUUUGACACGCACUUCUUAUUGUGUAAACGCGAGUUUUCAUACAAACUUACUCGACAGAUGAGAAUUUUUCAGUGGCAACAUCAUUGUGGAGACGUUGUUCUAUGACGGGGAUCUGCUGGUUAGCACUUCUCGGGUUCGACUUUACUAUGAUUAA